AUGUCUGAACUGGAAACUGCAAUGGGAAUGAUCAUUGAUGUCUUUGACAAGUAUUCUGGGGCUGAAGGCAAUAAGCAAACCCUCACCAAAGGAGAACUAAAGACCCUUCUGGAAAAAGAGCUACCCAACUUCCUCUCGUCGGGGAAAGAUAAGGAAGCUGUUGACAAACUCUUCAAGGGUCUGGAUGAAAAUGGAGAUUCUGAAGUAGACUUCAAUGAAUUUGUCAUCUUUGUGGCAGCCAUGACUUGCUGCUGCCAUAAAUAUUUUGAGCAGAAAGGACCAAAAUAA